AUGGCCUCUCGCAUGAGCUUUGCACUUGCUUUCUCUAUCGCUAUACUGUUCUCGAGCAUAAGCACUGGCUCUGCAGUUCGGAAGUUGCUUGACACGACUCCACCACCAUCUCCCCUAUUGCCCAGCAUCCCCAACCUUCCUACGGUCACUCUACCACCGCUUCCCUCAAUGCCGAAGCUGGCAGUGCCGCCCAUGCCUUCGAUCCCCAACACACUGCCUCAGCCAACCCUGCCAACGCUCCCCACGACUCAACCGACUCGGCCUAAGCCGGGGACACUGCCGCCUCUUCCGAGCUUCCCCUCAGUGCCGACUAACAUCCCGAAGGUCACGUUGCCACCACUCCCAAGCAUGCCCUCGAUCCCGACUACCAUUCCCUCUAUUCCGUUCUUCUCUCCACCCCCAGCCCCGACUAGCCCUUGA